CUAUGUUUAAAAAACAUUCUCAGCUUCUUGAUGAAAAAGCAAUUACAAAAGAACUGAAUUACACUGAGUUGGGGUGUACAAAACAGCAUCCACUCUUGAAAGACAAAGUCUGGAGCUGUUGCCCAAAGGAUUGGAAGCUAUUUAGUUCCCACUGCUACUUCAUUUCCACUGACUCAGCAUCUUGGAGUGAGAGUGAGGAGAAGUGCUCCAGUAUGGGUGCUCAUCUGAUGGUGAUCCACAGCCAGGAAGAGCAGGAUUUCAUCACCAAGAUCCUGGAUCCUAAAGCUGCUUAUUAUAUUGGUCUUUUGGAUGCAGGUCACCGACAGUGGCGCUGGGUUGAUCAGACACCAUACAAUGAAAGUGCCACGUUCUGGCACCUGGGUGAGCCCAACAAUAACAGAGAAAAAUGUGUUAUAAUAAAUCAUCGAGAUUCUGGUUGGGGCUGGGCUGACAUCCCUUGCAGUGAUAAACAGAAGUCAGUUUGCCAGAUGAAGAAAAUAUACUUAUGAAUCAAGCAUUCUCCAUAGACAUGGGCUUGCAUUUUUAUCUAGCAUUACACAGACACCUGGAAAAACCUUCUUGUGGAAGAGAUGUCCACAGAAAUUUAGG